AGCAAUGAAUUGUUCUCGAAAACCGGGUUUUUAAUCGAGAAAUCAACCCAUCUUGCGUCUUCACCUUAUGGUGGUCCAGUUGAAAAAAACAGAGAAAUGAAUCUUAUGAAAGAAAUAUUGGCAAUAUUACUUGAGCGAAAACUACCAAGAACUAAUAUACAAGAAGAAUGGUCUGAGAAUAUGUGUGUUAAAAAUAUGCAUAAUUUCAAUUUAUUUCUAAAGUCAUGUUCAGACGGUUUAGAAAUAUAUCAACAGACAGCUAUAGCAAAUCUCAAUUCAUCCGGUUCCCUAUGGACAUUAGUGAUUUGUACUUGUUCUGGUUAUAUACUGUCGACUUUAAAGGUUGCAAAUCUUUCUGAAUUAUACUGGACGAGAUGCCACCGGCUCGUAAUAGUGGGUAAAAUAGGUCAAAUCUUUGUUUAUAGUCCACGCGGAAAAUUGUUAAACCAGUUCGCAAUUGACAAGGAUUUAAAAGUCAUUGAUUCUCGUAUUUUUUAUGGCAUAAUGGGAAACACCGGUUUGGCUGUAUUAACAGAAAAUGGCCAUAUAUUCGCCCUUAAUUCUGUCAUUGAGGCUGUGCCUUGGAGGAUUCGCGAUAUUUCUCGAGCAGAUCGACCUUCAGCAUGGACUGUGCUUUUAUCAACUUCUGGUCAAACAACAAUUUUACUUAUUUAUGGCGAUGAUUUUUAUGCUGCUAUGCAAGGCGUUGCAUUAUUGCUCUUAAAUAUAUCUUGGAAACUAAGUGGUGGCGAAUAUAUCGAGGUCGUACCUAAUUGGGAUUAUACGAGAAUAGCAUUUGUCCAUUCUUCUGGAUUAGUACAACUUGUUAAUUCAGAUUUAACGUUAAUCUCUACUAUCGUUUUAUCCUCUACAUCUUUUUCAUCGAAGCUCUUAUGGUGUGGAUCAAAUGCGAUCGCAGUCAUGGAAACACAGAAUUCAUUGAAAAUAAUUUCUUCGUCAUCGGUAGCUCAUGUAUUUGAUUAUACUAGUGAUAUAAGAAUAGAUACAGAACUUGAUGGAAUCAAAGUAUUUACUCGAAAUGAACUGAUCUUUAUUUCUUGCGUUCCUGAUGAACUUGUUGAUGUAAUUGGAAUUGCUUCUACUGAAGCUGGUGCAAUUUUAUAUGAAGCUUCUCAAAAAUUGGAAAAAGGCACUCCUGGUGUUUAUGAAUACUUGAACUUAAUAGAAGAUAAUAUGGAUAAAGCUUAUCAACAAUGUCUUAUUGCUGCUGCCCAUCAAUUCAGUCCUGAGUCUCAAAAGAAACUUUUGAAGGCGGCUUCAUUGGGGAAGUCUCUUUUACGGCGGCAGGACACUUCCCAGUUUGUUGAUAUAUGUCGCGUCAUACGGGUCCUUAAUUUUAUUCGACAGCCUCAUAUUGGUUUUAGUCUCUCAUUUCCGCAGUCUAGUGAACUCAAAAUGCGUACUCUAAUUGAUCGUCUUAUCGAUAUGGAGCAUUGGCCAUUGGCCAUAUCCAUAUGUGAUUAUAUGAAAAUUCCUAUCCGAGAUGGUGUUCACCGUGUUUUGGCACAUUGGGCAGUGAAUAAGAUUGAAAAGGUGAAAAUGGAUAAAGAGAGUGGUAAGGAUUGUGAUUUUCCAACUUUAACUGAAUUGAUUGCAAAUAAAUUUGCCAAUCAUCCUGAAGUCAGUUUUGCUGGUAAUGGUUUAAUUGUUAUAUUUUCAGAUGUCGCUAUGAAAGCAGUGGAAGCUGGGUUGAAUGAAAUGGCAGAGUUAUUGCUGGAAAAAGAGACGCGAUUAAAUCGACAAGUUGAAAUGCUUUUAAAGCUUAACAAAGUUGAUAAAGCUCUUGCGAAAGCGGCUAAAAGUCAACAACCAGAUCUUUUACAUAUUGUAUUGUCCCAUUUAAAACGAACACAGAAAAAGGAAAUUAUCGAUCACUUGGUAUUAAAAUUGCCGCAAGCUAUGUGUCUCUAUCAAGAUUAUCUUCGUGAAGAGGCACCACCUCAUGUUUACGCUCUCUAUGUGCAAAAAGAUGACUUUAUUCGGCAAGCGAUAUAUUUACUAGAUGAGUCCGAAAUAACACCUUGGAAUCCUUUCGAAAUCAAAGAUAAGACAGAUAUAUUAUCAAAGGCGAAAAAAUGUUUGCAGAAUAUUAAGGACUGCGGAAGUGUUCAAAUUCUAGCGGAAGCAAUAAAUUUUUUUCAUUUAUGUGAGAACUGGAAUUCUAAAGUGGAUUGUGAAAAUGUGGAUAGAACAUCUGUUCGUUCUGUUUUUAUUUGGGCAGCUGGCAAUAAUGAUGAUUAUCUUGUGGAACAACUUAAAAAAUCAUUCAAACUAAGCGAAAAACAAUGCGUGUUUUGGAAAAUCGAAGCAUAUGCCAGUUAUAAAAAAUGGAAUCAUCUUGACGCUUUGUCGUUAUCUAAAAAGUUACCUUUUGGUUUCAUGCCUUUUGUGGAGGCGUGUGCUCGUUAUGGUGAACACCAGAUAUGUGAAAAUUAUAUUUCAAAGCUGAGUUCAGCAGAAGAAAUUGUUGAAGGCUGGCUUCUAAUUGAGCAACCUGUUAAGGCUGCUAAUUAUGCUGCCUCAAAGAAUAUGGUUACAAGUGUCGAAAAAAUCUAUUCACGAUAUCGAAUGGAGAAAGAAAUAUCCCUCGCUAUCGAAAAGAUAUUGCUUUCACUUAAAAUGGGGUAG